CUAACCUUAAAAAGUUUCCCGCCAUCGGUGUUUUAAACAAUAAGAUUCAUUUUUAUAGAAUUUUUAUUAUUUAGUUUAUAAAAAAUUUUAUAAGAUGUCUUCUGAAUUCAACGAGGAACAUUUGCCCGAUUUACUGCCGCUGUAUUACAAAAGAUUGUUUCCGCAUUCGCAGUUUUAUCGCUGGUUGAGCUAUGGCGACACAAUACUAUUUUCUAAAAGAGAAAUCUCCUUCACAUUACUUGGCGACAUUUACAUACGUUUCCAAUCAUUUGAUACCAAAGAAGACUUCAUAAAUGAAUUGAACAAAAAGUAUCCAAUAAAAAUGGACAUAGGAGCUGUUUACUUAACAAAACCAAAAGAGAGAGGCCCGGUCGCGAGUUUGUCUCCAGUUGAGAAGGAACUGGUUUUUGAUAUUGAUAUGACUGAUUAUGAUGAUGUGCGAACUUGCUGCUCUGGUGCAGAUGUUUGCCUCAAAUGUUGGAAGUUUAUGGUCAUUGCUUGCAAAAUAUUAGACAGGGCUUUACAGCAGGAUUUCGGAUUUCAACAUAUCUUGUGGGUGUUUUCAGGGAGGAGAGGUAUACAUUGUUGGGUGUCAGAUGAGGUUGCGAGAAAGGCUGAUGAUAAUGUUCGAUCUGCAAUUGCAGAAUAUCUGCAGGUUGUUAAGGGUGGUGUUAAUCAGAUGAAAAAGGUUAAUUUAGGAGACAAAAUACAUACCUCACUUCAAAAUGCUUUAGAGAUAAUAGACAAAUAUUUUUUGGAAUGGAUUGUUAAACAGCAGGACAUAUUGGGUACCAAUGAAAGGUUAGAUUCAUUCUUGAGCAUUAUUGAUGAAGACAUCAGAUCAUUUUUCAAAGAUUCCAUGAAAAAAUUAGACACUUCUGUUGAAAGAUGGAAUGCAUUUGAAAGUACAUUCACAGAACUAUUACAAAAGGGUCAGAUAAGUAAAAAUUUGAAACAUUUGAAAGAAGAGAUCAAAUUACAAUAUUCAUAUCCCCGUUUGGAUAUAAAUGUAUCAAGAGGUCUGAAUCACUUGUUAAAAGCACCGUUUUGCGUCCACCCAAAGACAGGAAAAGUUUCUAUCCCUUUUAAUGCAAAACUGGUCGAUAACUUCGACCCGCAUUCCGUUCCAACGAUUAACGUGCUUGUGGAUGAAAUCAAUGCGUACGAUCAGAAAACGAAAGAGCAAGAACAAUCUUUAAUGGAAACUGAUGAUUCUACUGUAAACAAAAUUAAAAUUAAAGACUAUAAAAAAACUAGUCUACUGAAAGCUGUUAGCACUUUUGAAGAAUUUUUAAGAAGUUUAGAAAAGUCUACAAAAGAAAAAAGAAAUGAAAAUAAUAUGGAUUUUUAAUAGAGUUAAGUAAUAAACAGUUUUAUUUUUUAA